UGAAGCGAGUGCACGUGUACGUUGCGGAGCAAUUUUUAUUUUACCGAGUUAUUUUUUCUCGAAAAAUUUUAUCAUCCUUUUCGUUACAAUUGAAAGUUUAAGACAAGAUGAAUUUGACAGAAAUUUGUAAAUUGUGACGUCAUUCUCUGAAGUUUUAAUAUAAUUUUGGAUUACAUUGAUGUUACAUGGUCUCAUCGUUAAAGAGACAAUAAAUGUUGAAUGUGGAUGGAAAUAUAUUCCGAAACGCGUAUACGCGGAUAUCGGUUAACGUUGAAGGAUCGUUUCGAUUGCCAAACAGUGGUGAAACGUUGGCAGACGAGGUUCAUGCAAAACACGAAGAGAAGACAGAGAGCAAAUCGGUGUAUAGAGAGUACAACCGCGAAUUCCUGCUGCCCAAGGGAACCAAUCCCGAAAGCAUUAAGUCUUCGUUGAGCAAGGAUGGCGUGCUCACUGUCGAAGCUCCGCUUCCGGCGAUUGGUACAGGCGAGAAGCUCAUCCCAAUUGCGCAUCAGUAGAUGCCCAAUCGACCGCACGAAAAAAACGAAUUUUUAAAAUCCCCUUCGAAAUUCCAUCAUUCGCGUGUCCAUUAGAUCGCUUCCUUCCUGUCUUUUCCAUGUGAAUCCAUCAAAUUCCCGUAAAAUCCAUUUUUUUUUGUAAUUUUUCUUUAUGUAUUCUUUACGUUUCGUUUUUUUCCUUUUUUUCCCCCAUUUUUUUUGUUCUUUCAUUCGCUGUGAACACCCGUUUUUCUCCCCUAUCGUUCAAUUUACUCGAACGAUAUUUACUCCCUUCCUUUUUAAUUCGAACGAACGUUACGAAUUUUUAUUUUUAUUUUCAUUUUUGUUUUGUUUUUUUCUUUUUUUUUCUUUCUUUUCUUUUCUUUCUUUUUUUUUUUUUUUUUUUUUACUUUUUGUAAU